UUUCGCUUUCACUUUUCUUAGGGCUGAGUCCACAGAGAAGCAGCUGCAGACUGGAAUCUGAGAUUUGCAGCACACAGAAGAGCCAUGGGGCGAGCGGGAUGCCUCCUUCUCCUCUUAUUCUGUCACACGUGUUCUGGACAGGAGGUCACUGUUCCCGCUUCUCAGUCUGCUGUAUUUCAAACUCGGACUCUACUGCCAUGUACGUUCACUGUGGCUAAUCCCCCUGUGAAACCCCAGCUCUUGGCUGUAUUCUGGCACUUUGGGGACAAGGAGCUACUGAGAUAUGACAAUAAGGAGAAGGUUUCCAGUCCCACAGUGUCCAUCGAUGACCAGGAGGUCAAGCAGGGAAACGCCUCGUUGUCCAUUCACAAUGUGACCAUCUCUGACCAGGGGAAGUACAGGUGCUUAGUGAUUUACAGUCCAGACAGACAACAGAAGGAGAUACAGCUAAAUAUUCUAGCUGCCCCGGUGGUGAAGAUAAAUAAAAAGGCUCUUCGUCAGGAUGAGGACAGCGUGGUGGAUUGUUCUGUCACAGAUUUCUUCCCGGAAGCUAUUACAGUGACGUGGCUCAGGAACGGUCAGGCUCUGACAGGAUCCGUAUCGGAGAAAUAUCAGAUGAACGCAGACAGGACCUAUAAUGUGAACAGCUCAGUGACCAUCACCCCCUCUCAGGCCACUGGCAAUCCUGUCAUCACCUGCAAGGUGGAACACGCGUCUCUCCGUAGUCCUCUCCAAGAUGGCUUCAGAGUGGAGUAUGGAGCCGCCCCCACUGUGCGGGUCACAUCUGCAAAGACCCCCGGCGAUGAGGAACAGAUAUAUGUGUGUGAAGCGAGGGGCUAUUAUCCAGAAGCCAUAGCGAUAGACUGGUUUUUGGAUGGGAAGAGAACUGAGCCGCCCAGAGGAAGCGUCAAUGGUCGUUUCAACAAAGAGAUCUAUUAUCGGGUUCUUCUUAACAACGACAAGCGACCAGCUGAGAUCUCCUGUGAAGUCCAACAUGAGACGUUGUACAGGCCUAUCACUAAGACGCUGGAAGUCCAAGUAAACCCUGACUGCAGAAGAUCCUGUCACUCCGGCCUCACCGCCGUCCUCCUGUUAUUAGCGAUACUGGCGUGUGGAACUUUAGCGGCUCUCUGGUAUUUCAUCAGCAAGAAGAAAUAUUUCCAGCGGUUCCAGGUGAGCCCCAUCCACGUGGAUCCGAUUAGGACAGAUGAUGAGCAGGUGACUCUGUACUGUGUGGCCUCUAGCUGUCCAGCGGACGUAGAUGUGGCCUGGACUGUGAUAGAGAACGGUGGUGAGAAGUUCACUAUGUCAAACCCUCUUCCGCAUGGUGAUGAAGAGAAGGACCUGUUAUAUUGCAGUGAUCACACUGACUACACUGUGAGGACAGACCGGUCGCAGUCCCCAGAGGACAAUCUGUACAACGCUGUCACUGCGCUGAGGUUUAAACAUACCGAAUCCAAACUCAAAGACAUAGCGGCCACCUGCACCUUCAGCUGUGAUGGGAGAAGCGAGGAGAAGAGUUGGAAUUACAGCUGGACUUUAAAAAAGCCAGAGAUAUCUGCCCCUAUACAGCUGUCUCUGUGUGACUCCGGGGAUGUCCUGUCCUCUGUGGCUCUGGAGAAGUUUUAUCCCAGGGAUAUCCGGAUAACAUGGAGCUGCGGGGUUGGACAUUACCAGGAGCUGGGAACGGCUACAGACAGAAUUAUAAAACAUACUGACAACACGUAUAAUGCUGGAAGUGACUGCAGGGUCCCCGGACAUCUCUUCAGGGAUCCAGGAUUCAGAGUCCGUGUGACGUGGAGACAUGAGUCUAUGGAUGAGGCGGAGUCCCGGGAAGUGUGUGUAACAGACCUUCCUUGGCGCCCAGUGAUGGAUGACAUCAUAAAGCCGCCAUUAGUACAGGGAACAGAGGCCAAACUGCAGUGCAGAAUCCUGGGGUACUACCCGGGUGACCUGGGGGUGACGUGGAUGAGGAGAGAAGCUGGAAAGCAGGACCUGUAUGAGGUGUCUCCCAGUGACAGAUACAAGAUCCCAGUAAUGGAGAUCACACAGGAGCCUGAUAAGACUUACACCUGCACAGCCAGCCUGAUUGUAGCCGUGUCAGCGGUAACGGAACACGGGUCAGAAUUCAUCUGCCGGGUGACACACCCCACUCUGGUGACCCCACUGGAAAAGAGGACGGGAGAGCUCAGGGUGACAGGAAUCCCGACGGUGAAUGUUACGUAUGUCGGCAAAACUCUAAUUGCAGAAAUUUUACAUUUCUCACCAAAAGAUAUUACAGUGACUUGGAGUCGCAUUAAAAAGGAUAAGCACCUGUAUGAGAACUACCCAAAGGGUGUUGAAAAUAAUAUACAUGAUAACAAUGACAACACCUACACGUGUAUCAGUAAAAAAGAAACUCCGAACGAUAAAACGUAUAAAGUGACGGUGGAACACGAAACUCUGAAACAUCCCAUUGAGAAGAUCAUUGUACGUGAGAAAGGGAAAUUUUAUUUGAAUGACAAUGAAAACAGGAGGACACCACUGCCUGAAUCUCCUCAUCAGGAGGAAAACGCUCAUUGCAAUGAGGGAAAUGAAGUGUCUACAGAAAAAGCUCUGGAGCCCAGCAUGACAUCAGAGGAAACACAGCCAUUACAAGAUAAUAAAGAUGGGAAAAAAGCAGGAAAAAAACAGGAAAAAAAACAAAAACAAAGCAACAAGAAAAUGAAACCCCAGCUACCAGCCCCUAUACAGCUGUCCCUGUGUGACUCCGGGGAUGUCCUGUGCUCUGUCACUCUGGAGAAGUUUUAUCCCAGGGAUAUCCGGAUAACCUGGAGCUGCGGCGUUGGACAUUACCAGGAGCUGGGAACCGCUACAGACAGAAUUAUAAAACAUACUGACUACACGUUUAAUGCUGGAAGUGACUGCAGAGUCUCCGGACAUCUCUUCAGGGAUCCAGGAUUCAGAGUCCGUGUGACGUGGAGACAUGAGUCUAUGGAUGGGGCGGAGUCCCGGGAAGUGUCUGUAACAGACCUUCCUUGGCUCCCAGUGAUGGAUGACAUCAUAAAGCCGCCAUUAGUACAGGGAACAGAGGCCAAACUGCAGUGCAGAAUCUGGGGGUACUACCCGGGUGACCUGGGGGUGACGUGGAUGAGGAGAGAAGCUGGAAAGCAGGAACUGUAUGAGGUGUCUCCCAGUGACAGAUACAAGAUCCCAGUAAUGGAGAUCACACAGGAGCCUGAUAAGACUUACACCUGCACAGCCAGCCUGAUUGUAGCCGUGUCAGCGGUAACGGAACACGGGUCAGAAUUCAUCUGCCGGGUGACACACCCCACUCUGGUGACCCCACUGGAGAAGAGGACGGGAGAGAUCAGGGUGACAGAAUGAACCAACCUAAAUUGAGUUAUGCCUGUAAUUUCAAACAUGGCUUGGAUUCUACUACAGAAAGGUGAAAGUGCACAUGCCUUAAUCAUGAGAUGGAGAACCAUACAUGGACAUUGAACACUCGUUACAAGAGUUUCAUAUUCCGCACAAUGGACAAUUCAUAAUACUGUAGGUUGGUUACAACAUCUGCACUGACCAGCAUCCAGGGGUGAGGCUAGUCUUAGAUCUUUGAGGGCAUGGACUCAGCUUGGUGGUUAGUCUUGGCUUGAGUGAAUACAGACCUCAACAUUGUACAAACUUAAAAAUGUUCUGGGGAGGGCAAAAUGCAUUUUUUUUUCUACUGUUACAUUUUGGUGCAGCGCUUGCUGCAUUUAUUCUGUGCUUCUGUGGUGUUCUCUCGUUUAAAUAGAGCAUGCAGGCGCCACUGUCUUAAGACUCUAAGGUAAGCAUCAGACCCUCCAACAUGAGGUGCCCCACUA